AUGAAAGUUACCCUUCUUUUUGAAGCUGACUGCUACUGAUGGAGGUAAAGCACUACAGAAAGGCGUGAGUCUGACAUGUACGAUCAACUACUCAAGAAAUGCUUGUCAGAUGAUCGCCAUAUUCAUAACUCUUCUAUUCAUUACUGACGUGGUCGAUGGUGACUACAACGACACCAAUGACGAUAAUAUCACUUGGCCAAUUCCCGAAGAGAUCGCUUACAGUACUACUGGUCCUGUUCAGUUGAGCAGUACUACUAUCGCGAUAACAAAGUCGUCAAAAUCUGCCACCGACUUCCAACCUGAUUGUUCUGAUCCACACAACAAGCAGAUUACCUGCUCAGUUCAUGUUGGUGAGUUAACGUUCUUUUUUCAUCGUUAUUUUUCCCGAUUCAGAACGAAUUCCAGGUUUUUACAAUUUUUAUUAUAUUUUUUUUAUAACUUUUCCUGA